AUGGAGAAUUGUAAUCCUGUAAGCACACCAGCAGAGUGCGGACUAAAGUUAUCCAAGGAUGAUAAAGGAGAGAAGGUCAACUUAACAGAGUUUAGAAGUCUUGUGGGAAGUCUGAGAUACCUGACUUGUACCAGACCAGAUAUUCUCUACGCAGUUGGAUUAGUCAGCAGAUACAUGGAGGCACCGGCAAUGUCACACUGGAAUGCUGCAAAGAGGAUACUGCGCUACAUUAAAGGUACAAUCGAUCAUGGUCUACUUUAUACCAAGUCAGAAAUUUUCAAAUUGGUUGGAUACUGCGACAGUGAUUGGGCAGGAGACAUGGAUGAUCGCAAGAGAACUACAGGAUUCGUAUUUUUCCUGGGAGAUACAGCUUUCACAUGGAGUUCAAAGAAGCAAGCUAUAGUGACUCUAUCAACUUGUGAAGCUGAGUAUGUUGCUCCGACAUCGUGUGCGUGUCAUGCUAUAUGGAUGAGAAAGUUGCUGAAGGAGUUGAACAUGACACAGGAAGAGUCAACUGAAAUUUUUGUGGAUAACAAGUCUACCCUGGCGUUAGCAAAGAAUCCGGUGUUUCAUGAUCGUAGUAAGCAUAUUGAUACAAGAUAUCAUUUUCUGAGAGAAUGUGUGGAGCAGAAAGAAGUGGCGUUAAAAUAUGUGAAGACUGAAGACCAAAUUGCUGAUAUUUUCACGAAGCCGCUGAAGCAAGAUGUGUUCGUCAAACCGAGGACGCUACUCAGAGUUACGACUAAUUAA